AUGGAUGACUUCUCAGACACGGUAGCGGAGACAAGAUACGCGGAUGAAGAUACAAGGCCGACCAGCCAGAAAGAGCUAUGGGGUUGGUACUCUUACGGAUGGGCGGCAGAAGUUUUUGUGAUUUGCGCAAUGGGCUCUUUCUUGCCCAUAACUCUCGAACAGCUUGCCCGAGAGAACGGUGUACUUCUGAAAGACAAGACGACGCCAUGUCGUGCCGGCUGGCAGACCGAGCAUGGCACGACACCAAACGCGAGCAUAUUCGACACCCCAAAGCACACCCAUAACGAACUUCCGCCGUGUGUCAUUUACCUCUUGGGGGCCGAGAUCAACACUGCUAGCUUCGCCAUGUACACCUUCUCCAUCAGCGUGCUCGUUCAAGCCCUACUCAUCAUCUCAAUGUCUGCCGCCGCCGACCACGGCCGCUUCCGCAAAACAUUUCUCCUCAUCUUCGCAUUCACCGGCGCAACCACGACAGCACUAUUCAUUGGCGUUAUUCCCAAGGUUUACCUGCUCGGGGCCCUUUUUGCGAUCAUAGCCAAUACUUGUUUUGGCGCCUCGUUUGUCUUGCUGAACUCCUUUCUUCCCCUACUGGUGCGACACCAUCCCUCGAUCGAUGGGAACGACGACCACGUCGGCGAUGGCCCAGCAGAGCAACCAGGUCUUGCUCAGAAUCGAGAAUAUCAGGAGGACGAAGAUCAUCACUUGGCAAACUCAACGACAAGUCUGCUACCUCGCAACAGACCUGAUUUCACUCCACCAGCCGAAAGCUCUCCGGCGGCUAGUUCACCAGCACUAAAGUUAUCUACCAAGAUAUCAUCCUAUGGAAUCGGGAUUGGUUACAUCGCAGGCUUGCUUGUUCAAUGCAUUGGGAUACUUAUCAUUGUCGCAACGGGUUCUACCACUUUCUCACUGCGACUUGUCCUCAUGGUUGUUGGGCUUUGGUGGUUCGCCUUCAGUAUCCCGGCGGCUAUGUGGUUGCGACCUCGACCCGGCCCACCUUUGCCGGAUGCAUUGAAGGGACACUAUGCGUGGGUGGCCUAUGUUACAUUUGCCUGGAAGUCACUUUUCAAAACCAUUGGGCAAGCCAGGAAGCUCAAAGAUCUCGUCAUCUUCCUGGUUGCAUGGUUUUUGCUCAGUGAUAGUAUCGCCACAGUCAGUGGGACUGCAGUGCUCUUCGCCAAAACCUCUCUUGGAAUGAAAACAGAGGCACUCGGCCUCAUCAGCGUCAUCGGAACCAUCGCUGGGAUCAUUGGCGCGUUCAACUGGAGCUUCUUCUCUCGGAAACUCAAUCUGCGCGCCUCUCAAACUAUCAUCGCAUGCAUUUGCUUGUUUGAGAUCAUUCCCCUAUACGGCCUAUUAGGAUACAUCCCUGCCAUUAGACGCUACGGAGUGUUUGGGCUACAGCAACCGUGGGAGAUGUAUCCCCUUGGAGCCAUAUACGGUUUUGUUCUGGGCGGCUUGUCCUCCUAUUGUCGAGCAUUCUUCGGCGAGCUGAUCCCGCCAGGGUUUGAAGCAGCAUUUUACGCCCUUUAUGCGAUCACAGACAAGGGGUCAAGCGUUUUUGGACCUGCCAUUGUUGGAGCCAUUACUGAUCGCUACGGAGAAAUUCGACCGGCGUUUGUGUUUUUGGCGGUCCUCAUCUUUUUGCCUCUUCCAUUGAUGAUGCUGGUGGAUGUGGAUCGUGGCAAGGCCGAUGCAUAUCAGAUGGCGCUGGAGUUGGAAGGGCAUGGCACGGGUCAGGGAAAUGACAUGCGACAUACGACGAUACCUACAAUAGUUCUUUCCGAGGAGGAGGAUUGA